GCGGCAUCCGGCGGGGCUGAGACGGUUGGAGGCGGCGGAGGGGAAGGUGGCUCUGGGGAGCCCAGAGGAGCAAAGAUACUGGCGGCUGGAGCCCCGCGUCGCGUCGGGGCGUGACGGUCGUCCCCGAGAAGCCGAGCUCAGUCGUCAUCCUUUGCCUCUGUAAGCUGCCACCAUGACCCUGACGAAAGGUUCCUUUACCUACUCCAGUGGGGAAGAGUACCGUGGCGAGUGGAAGGAGGGCCGAAGACAUGGCUUUGGCCAACUGAUGUUUGCGGAUGGCGGCACCUACCUGGGUCUCUUUGAAAAUGGGCUCUUCAACGGCUGUGGCGUACUGACCUUCUCGGAUGGCUCGAGGUAUGAGGGGGAGUUUGCCCAGGGCAAGUUUAAUGGCGUCGGAGUCUUCAUUCGCUAUGACAACAUGACCUUUGAGGGGGAAUUUAAGAAUGGCAGAGUAGAUGGCUUUGGCUUGCUGACUUUCCCUGAUGGUUCUCACGGAAUACCCCGCAAUGAAGGCCUGUUUGAGAACAACAAGCUGCUGCGCCGUGAGAAGUGUUCCGCUGUGGUCCAGCGUGCGCAGAGCGCCUCCAAGUCAGCCCGGAAUCUCACUGCCUGAUGGCGCUCGGGGCACAGCUGGAAAAGCAUCUGUAAAGUGACGUCCCUGUGAGCAUGGGAGGUGAACCAAUGAACCGGAGCUGAGAUGAGAAUGACUGCGGUGCCACAGCCUGUGAGGUGCUCUGUCACCUGCCAAUCAGGAGUUCAGUCGCAGAAAAGCGUGGGGGAUUUUAGCCCCAAGACCCUGCAGCAGUUCUGUCCUUCCCUGGCCCUUACGUGCUCAGAACAGGAGCCGCCUUGCUUCCUUGCUGUUACUUGGGUUAGUCAGUGCUGUGGCCUUCUCUCCAUCUGCUGUCAAACCAUGUAGACUCUCCUCAUUCCACCUACCCUUACGACAAAUGAUCCCAGCCUCGACUUAGGGCCAGUCCUGUGUGCUACCAGGGAGAAAUCAGGGAAAAGACGGAGUGACUUAGAGCUGAGACCACAGCAGCUCCAUAAGAUCCAGGCCAGAGCUUUUCUGGGUGCUGCCUCCUCAUUCCCUGCAUCUGGAGGCCCAGCUCCUGGCUGGCCUCUGUGUCUUCUUACUCCUUCACAGUGUAAGAGUGUGGUCUUCUUUACAGUCGACUGUCUGUCUUCCUUCCCUGGGUUACAGCAGAUAGACCAAUCCCCGUCUGUGCCUCUCUCUUCCCUUAGCUGUCAGGCAGGAUCCCUUUAUAGAAUAGCCAAGUAAACUAGUGAACAAGUAACUGUGACUGUAUUCAUCACUCAGUCCAGGGCAGAGGGCGGACUAUUCAGGCCUCCUGUGGAUUGACCUGAAUCCCAGGGAAAGCUCGCACUGACAGUUCCGUCCCAGCACACCACUGUACCACACUCACUGCCCCUGGGCUGUUGAGAGACUUGGACCCAUUUUGGUGUGAACUGUCUAGAACUGGCUCUUCUGACUUGUGACUCUUCAAGCAGGGGUCUCAGCCCUCGGGCCUGGGGCAGAUCUUCCUGCCGAAAUCAUCACAAGGUCUCUAAGUAGCCUAGGUCCCAGCCCCAGCCCCCCAGCUCCCAUCCUCAAACUUCCCUCAAUGCAGACUGUGGUGGAAAUGAUAGCUGUGUGCCUCUAUUUAUUCUCCGAACUGUACUGUAGAACACUUGUAUAGGAAUAAAGCAAUCACCAGAACGGCCUA